AUGGCCACCUACUACGCCCAGCCUGCUGCCGCCAACUACCACACGCCUCCCACUCAUGCCUCCAUGCGCCAACGGGGUUACCGGAUUUGCGACCAAUGCGGAGCCGUCGAGACUCCCACUGUUUCAAAGUUUAGACUAUGUGGUGGAUGCAUGACAACACAAUACUGCUCACCCGCCUGCCAAAAGGUCCAUUGGCCAUCGCACAAAGCGAUCUGCCAACAUACUGUCGAGCAAGCAUCCGGUUUUGGAGGGGAUAAUGUUGCGAAGAACUUGCGCAAAUUCACUUCUGCCCAUGCCGCCCUGUUUGGUUGGGCCGGCUUCCAGGCCCUCCAACUCAAACGCAUUCCCGCCAACAUUCGGCAAAAUGCCCUCCUUAUUGAGCUCAGCCCAACGGCAAAUACCGAGUCUCAUCGUCGAUUCUCGAUUGCCGCAACCCACAUCGUUCCCCGAACCUACAUCUGUGAUCCACUCGUCAUUGCAGACAUCCAACGUCGGGAAGAGCGGUGUCGCGCUGCUGGUGGAAUCGGUACCGCCGUUAUCAUUAUCCAAUGCGGCUCUGUCAGCCAGGUCAUGCCCGUCGAAGUCGACCCGCCUUCCAAGAUUACUUGGGACAUCCGCGACGACUGGGCACGGGUUGUCUCCCACUUUAUCGACUCUGGGCGAACGGACUUCCAACCCAUAUCGACCACUCCCCGAGGCAUUUACUACGGAUGA